UAGUAGCUACUGUGGUACUAGAACGGGUCAUUUUCUGAACAAUUGUCUUUGUCGUUUGUUUUAAAGUGUUAUUAUUUAAAUCCCUUUAGUGAAGUGAACAAACAUUAGUAAAAAUGGACGACGAUUUACCCACCGACUUCCAGGUCAUCGUCGUUGGAACUGGUAUGGUGGAGUCUAUUGUAGCGGCAGCCUGCAGCAGAAUAGGGAAGAAUGUUCUUCACUUAGACUCUAGCGAUCACUAUGGUGGGCUCUGGGCAUCCUACAAUUUCGAUGGGCUGCAGAAAUUCAUCAAAGAAGUCAAUGCUGAUCCUAAGCGUCAGCAACAGGUCUACAAUGUAUCUGAAAACUGGUAUAUUGAAAAGGAUGCGCCCCAAGAAGAAGAAAAGAAAGGGGAAGAAUCAAAAGAGCCAGCCAAGAAAGUUUGGAGCCAAGCGAGCUUUGUGGCCGAGUACAGGAAGUUCAACAUUGACAUGACUCCCAAGCUGCUGUUCUCUCGCGGGCCGCUGGUGGAGCUGCUCAUCUCGUCCAACAUCGCGCGCUACGCGGAGUUCCGGUGCGUGACGCGCGUGCUCACGUGGCUGGACGGCAAGCUGGCGCCCGUGCCGUGCUCGCGCGCCGACGUGUUCGCCACCGAGGCCGUCGGCAUCGUCGAGAAGCGGCAGCUCAUGAAGAUGCUCACCUCCAUUGUUGGCUAUAAUGAGGAGGAGAUGAACAACGAGUUUAAGGACUGGAACGACAAGACGUUCAAAGAGUACCUGACCCACAAGGGUCUGACGCCGACCCUGAUCCACUACGUGUUGUUCGCGAUCGCGGGCGGCGACAACAACAUGCCGUGCCUCGAGGGCGUGCGCGAGUGCAAGAAGUUCCUCAUGAGCCUGGGGCGUUACGGGAACACGCCCUUCCUCUGGCCCAUGUACGGCAGCGGCGAGCUGCCUCAGUGCUUUUGCAGAUUGUGCGCUGUAUUCGGCGGCGUUUACUGCCUGAACCGGCCCAUUGACAAGGUGGAGUCGAAGACGGUAGACGAAGGCAAGACGCAAGUCACCAUCGCCAGCAAGUCCAAGACGCUUAACUGUGACCAUCUCGUUAUCGGCAUCAACGACUGUCCCAAGGAACUCCUCUCCGACGAACCGGGAGAGCGCUGCGACAUCUCUAAGGGCGUGUUCAUCACGAACGCGUCGAUGCUGGCGAGCGAGAAGGAGCUGCUGACGCUGCUGCGCUUCCCGCCGCUCGGCGACUCGGAGCACGCCGUCACCGCGCACGAGGUGGGGCCCGCCACCGGCUGCUGCCCCAAGGGACUGUUCGUGGUGUACUUCAUCACGAACAAGGUGAAGGACGCGGAGAGCGACCUCAUGCCGUACGCCGAAAAGAUCUUCCACAUGGGCGCCGGCGAGUCCCCCGACGACAGACCUAAGUGCCUGUGGUCGCUGCUGUACAACGUGGCGGACACCAGCGCGGGCGCGGCGAGCGGCGCGGCCGGCGUGCACGUGUGCGCCGGGCCCGACGCCGGCCUGGACUUCGACCGCGCCGUGCACCAGGCGGAGCAGAUCUUCAAGCAGAUCUGCCCGGGCGCGGAGUUCCUGCCGCGCGCGCCGGACCCGGAGGAGAUCGUGUUCGAGGACGGCGCCGCGCCCGGGCCCGAGUUCGAGCGCGGCAUAGUGGACGACAAGCAGUAGCCGGCCCAUAGAGGUGGAGGCCCGCUUCCGGUUGUGCCGUUCUCCACGACGUUCUCCGUUUUGUUAUCGAACAGCUGUCGCUCGAGAAUCCCCCGUUGUUCUUAUAUGUCUCGUAGAAAACGGGGAACGUUCUCGAGAACGGCCCGACUCUAUUAGUCCCGCUGGCGUGUUUGUGUCGCCCGCAUGCGGCGGUCCGUGAGAUUUACAUAUUAGUUAUUACCCUCUGAUUUUUCAGUUCCCGAUCUUCGUGUUAGACAGAAUCUCGAUUUGUGGAAUGUUAGAUCUCGCCGGAUUUCUAUUUCGUAGAAAACUUGUGCAUUAUUUUAUAAAACAAACCUCAGAUCUACUGUAGGUACAUAAACGUUUAUAAAAAAAUAUGAAUAAUUUAGACAAGUUAUCUACGAAAUGCUAAUUCUGCGACGUGAAAUAAAACAUACUGGAGAAAUGGGACAUUAUUUUUACCCAAUUCUAAUUAUCAUUCUGAAUCGAAAAACUUUCCGACAUCGCACUAAAGUGCUCUAAACUGGUUACAGUCCCCACAGUAACACGUCUUGUAGCAUUCUUUUUUAUUUACCAUAUUUUGGAAUAAAUUAUUGAUGUUAUUUUAGCAU